UGAAGGAUCAGACCACUCCCCGACGGACGGGGGACGGAGUUGCAGGUUGCACCAACGUCAACUUCCGUUUCCUGGGUUGUCCACGCGGGAAGUUUCCAGAAUCCUGUGGAAUAUUCGCCGAAUUUCCCAAAGAGACGGAGGGGGAAAAAAAAUCAGACAAGAACCCGCAGGCAUGGGGAUUUUAGAGAAAAUCUCGGAAAUCGAGAAAGAAAUUUCGCGGACCCAGAAAAACAAAGCCACUGAAUACCAUCUCGGCCUGUUGAAGGCCAAACUUGCUAAGUACAGAGCACAGCUCUUGGAGCCCCCAAAGUCUGCAGGAUCAAAAGGGGAAGGCUUUGAUGUAAUGAAAUCAGGAGAUGCCAGGGUAGCAUUAAUUGGAUUCCCUUCUGUGGGUAAGUCUACAUUCUUGAGUUUGAUGACUUCCACUGCAAGUGAAGCAGCUUCAUAUGAAUUCACAACCCUUACCUGUAUCCCAGGUGUCAUAGAGCAUAAAGGAGCUAAUAUUCAGCUUUUGGAUCUGCCUGGUAUCAUUGAAGGAGCAGCACAAGGUAAGGGUCGUGGUCGCCAGGUGAUUGCUGUUGCUCGAACAGCAGAUGUUGUUAUAAUGAUGCUGGAUGCAACAAAGGGUGAUGUUCAGAGAAAUUUACUGGAAAAGGAAUUGGAGUCUGUAGGAAUCCGACUAAACAAGCCAAAACCCAAUAUUUACUUCAAGCCAAAGAAAGGCGGCGGGAUUUCUUUCAACUCAACAGUUACAUUGACACAGUGUUCUGAAAAAUUAGUACAACUCAUCUUGCAUGAAUACAAAAUCUUUAAUGCUGAAGUUCUCUUCAGGGAAGAUGCAUCUCCUGACCAAUUUAUAGACGUAGUAGUUGGAAACCGUGUCCACAUGCCUUGUCUUUAUGUUUAUAAUAAAAUUGACCAGAUCUCCUUGGAGGAGGUGGACCGUUUGGCAAGGCAGUUGCACAGUGUAGUGAUUAGCUGUGAAAUGAAACUGAAUUUGGAUUAUCUGCUUGACAAUCUGUGGGACUACCUUGCUCUAAUCUGCAUCUACACAAAAAAGAGAGGAGAAAGACCAGAUUUUUCGGGUGCUAUAAUUAUGAGACGAUCAGCUUCAGUUGAACAUGUGUGUCAUCGAAUUCAUCGCACUUUGGCAAGCCAGUUUAAAUAUGCUCUUGUAUGGGGAACAAGCACAAAGUAUAGUCCUCAACGAGUGGGGCUGACUCACAUAAUGGAACAUGAGGACGUAAUCCAAAUCGUCAAGAAAUAAAUAGUGAUCCAUGUUGCACAAUGAGCUGCAGUAUAUCACCAGCCUUCCCUUUCACUUGCAUGACAGGCAAUGUGAAAAUGGACUAUUUAAAAAUUGUAAUGAAAACAUUGUGUUAAACUGCCAAUAGAAAUGGUUUGCUCUUGCAGCCUUUUCAUAUCAAAUAUACUGUGAUUCUGCUAUUCUAGUAAGGAGACUGUUAAAAACAAAAGCAUGUGCCGGCUAUAAAGGCUAAUACUAUACUUCAUGGCUCGUGCUGAAACAGUAGCGCCCCUUUAUUUGCAAAUCUUAAGUUUAUUACUGCAAUAUUUCUGUGUUGCAGAGGACAAUAUUUCCCAUCAUUAAUCUUUACUGACUUUCUAAACAAUCUUGUUUCCUUAUAUAACUGCAAAAACUAAUGUGUGAUCUACAAUAAUUCAAAUUUUUAUGUUCGAAUGAAGAUGCGAUCCAGUUGUCUGGGUAACAGAUUUAAUCAAGUGCUUUAAUUAACUUGGUGUUCCCUUUGGUUUCCAUAUAUAUAUAUUGUAGAUCAGAUCUUACAUCUUCCUAUACCAAUACACAAAACAAAAAGCAUUUGUCCAGUUGGUCCCUUUUUCUUUCUAUUUGUACUUCUUCCCUGAAAGUUUCACAUAAAACAAAGUGUAAUCCUUGAU